CCGGGACACACCGUUCUGACCGUAUAAGCUUACUUUUUUUUGGCUGUUUUGACAAAACAGAAAAAUGUCGGAGACUGCUCCAGUUGCUCCAGUCACUCCUGCACCUGCAGAAAAAACACCUGUCAAGAAAAAGGCGAAGAAAGCGGGUGCAGCUGCUGGAAAGCGCAAAGCGUCCGGGCCUCCGGUGUCGGAGCUCAUCACCAAGGCUGUCGCCGCUUCCAAGGAGCGCAAUGGUGUGUCUUUGGCUGCGCUCAAAAAGGCGCUGGCGGCCGCUGGCUACGACGUGGAGAAGAACAACAGCCGCAUCAAGUUGGGUCUUAAGAGCUUAGUAAGUAAGGGCACCCUGGUGCAGACCAAGGGCACCGGUGCCUCGGGCUCUUUUAAGCUUAACAAGAAGGCAGCCACUGGGGAAGCCAAGCCCAAGGCUAAGAAGGCGGGUGCGGCCAAGCCUAAGAAGGCUGCUGGGGCAGCUAAGAAACCCAAAAAGGCGACGGGCGCGGCCACCCCGAAAAAAAGCGCUAAGAAGACCCCCAAGAAAGUGAAGAAGCCAGUGGCGGCUGCUGGAGCCAAGAAAGUGGCCAAGAGCCCCAAAAAGGCAAAGACGGGCAAACCUAAGAAGGCGGCUAAGAGUCCUGCAAAGGCCAAAACCCCUAAGCCCAAGGCAGCCAAGGCUAAAGCUGCCAAACCCAAGGCUACAAAGGCGAAGAAGGCGGUCUCCAAGAAGAAGUAAAGUUGGAGCGGCAAUCCUUGUUUUGAAAAUCUCAAAAGGCUCUUUUCAGAGCCACCCACUAAUUCAGACGGCAUUGCCCGCCGGCUCCAGGAUCUCGGCCGUCAGGUACUCCAGCACCGCCGCCAGGUAUACCGUCGCGCCGGCCC